AUAACCAUAGAUUCAGAAAAUUCAGUCAUAGUUCAUGUACAGACAAACAAACAAAGUCCAAUGAACUGAACCACACCAAGAACCUGGUAAUCUGCAAAUACAUUAAACUUAUAAUACUAUUAGCAACUGAGGCAAAAACAAGUGACUUUGGUACAUUGGAAAUUAGCCAAAACCAUCAAACACUUUCGUCCAAACUUAAAAUUGAAAUGCCUAUAAAUAUUCAUUCUUACUUCACUCACAAACUCAUCAAUGUUUCUUCCAAAAGUAUAAAGCAUUACUAUUAUUCCUAUUUUUUUUUUUUUAUACAAAAGUAAAAUGGCCAAGAGUGUGAGUUUGGCUUCAAUGGAUCAAAAGUUAGCUAUGGCUAAGCGUUACUCUCAUGAAGGAGUAAUUGCUGGAGCAAAAGCAGCUGUCAUUGCAUUUAUUGCUACUGCCAUUCCAGCUUAUGCUUAUGGAAAGAUGUCACCAUGGGCAAGAACUUAUCUGAAUCCAACUGCAAAAGCCCUUAUUGUCUCUACAGCUGCUGGCAUGGCAUAUUUUGUUGUAGCUGACAAGACUCUUCUCAAAAUUGCUAGGCAAAACUCCUUCAAACAGACCUAAUUAAGGCCUCACAAUUGAAUUACUAAACUCUUUCUAACUAUUUUAGCACUAAGAGAGUAUCUAAUAUCAACAUUACUGUAAUCCAUGUUUUAAGUAUUACUAGGGAGAAUAGAGCACAAGAAAAAUGUCAUUCAGUCUAUGUAUUACCAACAUCAUCAACAUCUAUUGUUGUCAAUAUAAUGAAGUUGGCUUUUCUCAA